UGCACAUCAAGGAGGUAUAACAAAGAUCAGUUACUUCUGCUAAAUCCAGAGAUCAAAAAGACAUGCAACUGCAAGAAGAAUCGAAAGAGCACCACAUUAAUUAAUACCAGUACAUACGUAGCUACUUUCAACAGGGGUAAAUAGAGCAGACCACCCGGCCCUGGUUCUACAAACAGAACACCAACACCAUCACCUCGCCAAGUCACCGAGCCUAUCACAAUGGCAUAACCUAAUGGAAAUCCACCUCCGGAGGACAGGUCUAUGAAGGCUAAAUUAUUCAAUAGAAGAACUGGAGUUCGUGCUUCAGGAGUUGCCAUUCCUGCGGGAAAUGCUAAUCUGGAUAUCACUCCUGACUUUAUCAAUAUGACCACAAAUGACUUCAUUUUUUCUGGUUUAAUUUGAAUACAAAGGAUCCUCAUGAUCAUCUCAGGAGGUUUUGCAAUAUGUGUGAUACUAUGAAAAAUCUGGGAGUCUCAAAUGAUGCUAUUUGCCUAAUGAUGUUCUCUUCGCUUCUACGAUGUGUUGCACAUUGGUUUCAAAAUCUUGCACUCAGAUCCAUCACCACAUGGGCGCAACUAGAGAAGGCUUUCUUAGGUAAAUAUUUCCCACCUGCGAAAGCUAUAAAGCGUCAGAAGGAGAUUGUGGAAUUUGAGCAAGCUGAUGAUGAGGGUCUCAAUAUUGAAGCUUGAGAGCACUACAACAAAUUCGGCCUAUUAGGACAAAUUUUUUAUUUUGUCAUUUUCUGUUUGUCACAAUAGAUACGGCGAUAUGACAAAAAUAAUAUUUCCUAUUUGAUAUGCGUAAUGUGAUAAAAUUACUGUUGUCAGAAUAAUUCGUCAUUUAAAGUGAAUAACGUGACAAAUAUUUCGUGUCACAAUUAAUUUUGUCAAAAUAGGCAUUCCAUAUCGGGAUGUAAGAGACUCAACAGUGACAAAUUUCUAGUUGUCAGAAUAUUUCGUCAUUUAAAGUGAGUAAUGUGACAAAUAUUUUGUGUCACAAUUAAGUUUUCCAAAUUAUGCAUUCCUGAAUUGUUUAAAUGGCAAAGUAUUUUGUCACAAUUGAUAGCAAUAAACUCAUGGCGAGCUGACAAAAGGGUAUGUUCAUCAUAAUAUAGUGGUUUUGACUUUGAAAAAAGGCAUGUUCGUCAUAAUGUAGUAGGUUCAUUUUUGACAAAAGUCAUUUUCACCAUUUUUGCUGGUGUCAGACUCAAACCUCGUGUGAGACUCAAACCAAUCGGCCUUGCCGACACAUUUUAUGUUGAAUUGACACAAAUCCCAUUCCUCACCCAAAAUUUGACCAUACCCCGCCCAAAUUACAACCAUGUCCCGCCCAAAAAAAUUCCCCAAGCCCGCCCACAUUUCCCCCUGCAAUUGAAAAAUUCAAAUCACCCACCCAAAUGCCCCUAAUACACAUUUAAUUUAUUGAUCCCUUUUUCAGUUCUAUUAAAAAUGAAAUUUAAAAAAUAAAAAAGGAAAAAAUUUUGGGUCACUGAACCCUAAUUCCAUUUCAUGAGGAACCAAAGAUGAGCUCUGAAAGCUCCGCCUCAAAACCCAUCGCCAUGUCGCCGCUCCCCGUCACCGCUCCCCGUCGCUCGUCGAUCAAGAACUAGCGAUUUGGCAACCUCCAGCCUGCGAACUCAGCGACGAACCAAGCUCUAGCUGUCGAAGAAGUUUCUCCUACCUUGCUGCCUCUCUUGACUCUUCGUUCUCCUGCCUCUGCUUUGGUCGGCGUUCGUCCUCCCGGCUCUUGCUCCUGCUCCUGCGCCGGCCUGCGCCACCUCCACCCACUGCCCUACUACUUCCGUCGAUGAGUCCCACCUCCUCUAACAGAGGUAAUUUCAAAAUUGAUUUCUUUUGUUUUGUAGGCCUGCUAAUAUUUGCUAACAAAUUAUCCCUUCUUCUUCUGCUUUGUUCUCUCUCACCCAUGGCAUAUUAGUUAGUAGCAGUUCUCUCUCCCAUUAAUAUUGACGUGUUGUGAUUAUGUGCCUGCAAAUGGUUGUUCUUUGUGUCUCAUUAAAACUAGCCAUCUAGUUUGUUUCUCCUGCUCCGAAGUUAAAAUAAUCGGAUUUGUUCUUGUUAUGAUGAGCAUGUUGUCAGUGGGAUUGCUUUGCCAUCUAGGUCUAAUAAGCUUUACACGGGGAGCCAAGAUGAAAUUGUCAGGAUUUGGGAUUGCCAAUCCGGCCAGGUUGCUAUAGUCUAACUGUAUAAAUAGUUGGUUCCUCCAUUCAUUGUUCUGUAAUCUUUUAUUGUAUAAGUUUUCUAAUAGUUUACUUGUCGUGAUUAUCCAAUGCAUGGGAGUUAUCAAUCUGGGUGGUGAAGUAGGUUGCAUGAUCACCGAAGGUCCAUGGAUUUUUGUCGGUAUCCCAAAUCUUGUGAAGGUUAGGAAGACAUGAAAUUUAGUCGAUUCCCAGUAUGCUUGAUCUUUGCUUUUAGUUCAUGUCUGCCAGUGAGUUAGUAUCUGCAUUUUCUGAGUUAGCUCUUUUUGUGACCAAUGAUGGUCCCUUUUCAAAUUGAUAUCUAAGGGUUUGCAUAUUUUUUCAUGCAUGGAACUUGCAGACCAACGCUGACCUAAGUCUUAGUUGGCCUGUUGGACAAGUUUAUGCUAUGGUUGUAGGUAGUGGCUUGCUAUUUGCUGGCACCCAGGUAAUAUGUCACUGGAUUAUGGAUCUUUCUGUCCUUAUCUGUGGCUCAACUGUAUAAAUUGAAGUUUGGACAUAUUAGUGAUGUUUUUGUUGCAUUAGACUUCUGGAUGCAUCAUCCUGCUGCCUGUAGUCAUUCUUUUGCACUUGUAUAGGAUGAACAACUUAUAACUGUUAAAAUAUUUAGUGCAGGAUUCAUCAAUCUUGGCAUGGAUAUAUAAUGCAGCCACAAGCAUCUUUGAGCCAGCUGCAUCACCUAAGGGUCAUACGUUAGCUGUAGUCUCAUUAGUUGUUGGAGCUAACAAACUCUUCUCUAGUUCCAUGGACAAUUCUUUAAAAGGUGUGUUCACUCUCAUGAUCUUAUCAUACUACCUGUUUUAGCUAUAUUUUAAUUGAACAGUCAUGUUUGCUACAUAUAUUCAGCUGUAUUGUUUGGUUUUACUAAACCCAUUAUGAAUUUUUCUGGCAUAGGAAAGAACUUUCUAAACAUGAAACUAAGAGCAUGGUUUACAUUUUGCCUUGAAUUUUCCUGGCACAGGAUAGCGUUUACCAAAGUGUGAAAACCAGGAGCUUCGAAAUCUAAUCCAAGAAAAUCGGUUCACAAAUCGUGUCCUUUCGACCAGAGCUUCAUUGUUCUCAUGUGAAGUCUAAGCAGCUCGAGCUCAUCACCGUAUCAUCAUUGACUUGAGGAGUAAGUCGUGAGAUUGUUUAGAAGGUCCUAAAGAAAAAGGUGAAGCAUGGACCGAAGGAGAACCCAAGAUUCACAAAGGAGUUAGAAUGUUUUGUGUCAUGGUGAACAACUUAGAAUGUUUGGUUAUGUUGAACAAGGAGUUAGACUGCUAUGGAAAUAGUUGUAAUGUUUUGGAUCUUUGGUAAUCUUUCCAUUAUCAGGAUGCAAUGCAGGAAACAAUUUUGAAUUAUGAAAAUUUUGAAGCAGGUCAAAUGUGACAACAAUGUCAUGUCAUCACAUUAUGUACAUUGUCUGACAAAUUGUUCUCUUGUCAUAUUAGACAUGGGACAAAUAAACCACCUAUCUUGACAACCUAUACUCAUCAUAAUAUGAAGUUAUGAUAAAUAUAUUCGUCAUAAUAUUUUGUUAUGACAAAAUAAUGUCGUCACGAUAAACACUUGUGACAAAAUGUAGUCGUCACAUUAUACAGUUAUGACAAAAUAUAAUUGUGUAAUAUGACGAACAAUUCUCCCAAAAUCACCAGAUUAUGAAAACCGUAAUAACAAAAUAUGUCGUCAUAACAUCUCUGUUUGUCACAAUAGAGUACCCAAAACCUCAGCUAUACUAAAAGCAAAUGUGACAAACUUGUUUUAAAUUUUUGUCACAUUUGAGUUAUCCUGACGGCGAUAAAAUGAAAAACCUUUGUAACAAUAGCUCUUGUCAUAUUAUAUCUAAUAUGACAAAAUUUGUAUCUAAUAUGACCAAAUUGCCUCGUCGUAAUAGGCCGAAUUUGUUGUAGUGAGCGCUAUAAGGUACUACUACUCAAGUGCCCAAGUCAUGGUUUGGAGGAAUGGAAUGUCAUACCAUCUUCUUUGACGGUAUCAGAAGAGAAUUCAGAGAGCCUCUCCAGAAUGCUUAUGCAAGAUGUUUCACUUCUAUGGAGUCUCUUGCUGUGGUGCUGCCUAUGAUCUCAUUGAGAGGAUGUGUUCAGAUGCCAACGAGUGGGGUGCAUGGAGAGAAGAAUCAUUGAAGGAAAGGUGGUAUGCAUGUAGUUGAUAAACUUGUUGGUUUGGAAGCUCAAAUUGAAGCAAAAUUUGAUGCACUAGCAAGGCAAGUGACUAGCUUGUCGCUUGUUUCCGCAGAGAAACCUAUUGUUUGUGAGGUACUCACCAUCCAGAUCAGGGAGGGUGGAUAAAGAUUUCAGAGCUUUUUUAGAAAGAAGAGGGAGAAGAAAGUCAGAAAUGUUUUUCCCAGUCUGUGUCAUUCAUCGAGAAGAGAGGGAAGAGGGGAAAAUCAAAAUAUAAGGGUGACUUUCGG